CGAGAGCGAGACAAGAGAUAAAUUUUCAAACGUCAAAUUUGUUGAUGACUAGUGAUUUAACUGAUUUAUGUUUAACCGGAUUUGAUAGUGCUAUUGUGUAGCGAUAAAUUAAAGCUGAAAAUGGAGUCAAUCGCCACAGAUUCCGGAAAAAUAGUAAAAAUGGAAGUGGACUAUAGUUCCACCUGUGAUGAAAAGAUCCCAGAAUGCCAGAAACUCGUGAAAGCUGGAAAACUACAUGAUGCUCUCGACCAGCUAUUGGCACUGGAAAAGCAGACUAGAACUGGAGCUGACAUGAUAUCAACCGGAAGAGUAUUGGUUGCCAUUUGUCAAAUAUGUAAAGAUGCCAAAAAUUGGGCUGCUUUAAACGAACACAUUGUCCUAUUAACUAAACGACGAUCACAACUUAAACAAGCGGUUGUUAAAAUGGUUCAAGAAUGCUGUUCCUAUGUAGACGAAACACCUGACAAAGAAACUAAAAUAAAGUUAAUCGAUACACUUAGGCAAGUGACGGAAGGCAAAAUUUACGUGGAAGUAGAGAGAGCUCGCUUAACUCACAAACUAGCAAAGAUACGGGAAGAAGAGGGUAAUAUUCAAGAAGCGGCAAAUAUUAUUCAAGAACUUCAAGUUGAAACUUAUGGUUCCAUGGAAAAACGUGAAAAAGUUGAAUUGAUACUUGAACAAAUGAGAUUGUGUCUAGCGAAACAGGACUAUAUUAGAACGCAGAUCAUCUCAAAAAAGAUAAACACAAAGUUCUUUGAAGAUGAUGGUACGCAAGACUUGAAAUUGAAGUAUUACCGUUUGAUGAUGGAGGUUGAUCAACAUGAAGGUUCGUAUUUGGCAACGUGUAAACAUUAUAGGGCCGUUCUCAAUACUCCCAGCGUUAUGGCGGUACCAGAAGAAAGGCAAGCUGCUGCCCAGGCUGUUGUUCUGUACCUCAUUUUGGCUCCUCACGAUAACGAACAGGUUGACUUAACUCAUCGAGUAUUGACCGAUAAAAUUUUGGAGGAAAUACCACUUUACAAACAGCUUCUGAAGUUGUUCACAACUCCGGAGUUGAUAAAGUGGUCAGGACUGUGCGAGUUAUACGAAAAAGAAUUGAAGGGCACGCCCGUGUUCUCUGGCAACGAUCAGGCUGCAAAAAGAUGGACAGAUUUGAAGAGCAGGGUGGUGGAACACAACAUCCGCGUGAUGGCCAAAUACUACACGCGCAUCCGGAUAUCUCGCAUUGCAGAACUCCUGGACCUCUCUCCGGCCGAAACGGAGGAGUUCCUAUCUCAGAUGGUUGUGAGCAAGACGGUGCAGGCGAAAACUGAUCGCCCUGCCGGAGUUGUUCAUUUCCAGCAAAGCAAAGAUCCCAGCGACGUUCUCAACGAUUGGGCCCACGAUCUGUCCCAACUCAUGCAGUUGGUCAAUAAAACUACCCACCUGAUUAACAAGGAAGAAUGCGUUCACAAGCACCUCCAAGCUACUGCUUAA